CGCCUCCCGACGGACGGCCGUCGCGCCGAGCCGACGACGCGAGGAUCCUCGAGCCAUCGGUUCCACAUACACACACACAUUCGAUCGAUAUCGCCCCACGGGCGAGGCAGCCACGCGGUAUGUCGGGGACCCCGAGGCCUGGGCCCUUGGGGACGCGGGGUCACCCGGGGCCCGUCACGCGGCACCAGGAAAUCGCCAUGAACCCCCGCGCUCUCGCGGUUUCUGGCAACGCCACCGCCCUGCCGCCGCCGACGACGACGACGACAACGACGACGACGACGCUCCUGCCGCCGUCGUCCACUCUCCCGAGGCUGAGUCCCGCCGGCAUCCUUCAUCCCCAGGUGGACGUCUCGACGCAGGCCGACCUCCACGGUGUUGGAGGGCUGCACGGGGAUUGGGGAGAGCGUCGGGCGACGCCGCUUUACUCGCGCGAGGACAUCAAGGAGCAGUACUGCAUAACAAACCGGCAGCUGGACGCAGUAGAAAGGUCCGGGGGUGGGAUAUUCGGGUGCCUCUCUUCGCGGGGUCCGUCGCCUUGCGCCUCGGCGAGGACGUCCCUCCUAUCGGCUUGCGUCCGGGGGGCACCAAGCGAGGAGAAUCUCUUCGACGCGCCGUACCCGAGGACGUUUUACCAUCAGCCCCACCCGGGGCAGGCGAGGGGCCAGCAGGGAAGGUACGACACGGACGAGGAGGACUACCCGGAUAAUUCCUACUUCCGCCGACGACCGACUUCCUUUUGCACGACUCCUGAUCCUAAAAGGUACACGUGGGUACCGGAGGACGAGGAGUCGACGCGACUGGAGGGUCCUCGACCCGUCUUACCGCCCACUCUUACCGCGCCAACCUCGAUCAACCAUCGCCCCGCACCCCAGCAGCCACCGCGACCGAAGCACGUCAGCUUCGCGAGGUCCCAUACCCUGACGUCUUUCGAGGUACCACGAUCCAGAAGCCCCCCGAGGUCCCACGAACGUCUCAUUGACUCUCAGCCGACUAUGCAAGGAUCCCUUUCCGCCGUUCUACCCUUGACGCACACCUACGCUAACUCUGGAGACCCUCGUGUUCUGGUACUCGAAAAACCACCGAAACGUGGAGUGAUGAAGACUCAGGCCACGCAGACUGAAGUUCCUCAAGGUCUACGAGGGCGAGUGGCUCCCAUAACACUUAGCCCGAGGACGAUUCAUCGGGUGAAGAUGGUCUCCCAGGGUGCUCAGACGAACGGAAUUUUAAAUGGACGUAAACUGACAAAGAGCUACUCGGAGGCCGGACAGUUAGGAACGCCCUUGGGAGCAACUUCACCCGGCGGCACUCCCAUCAAUGGCAACACAGAUAUUGAGCAUGAACCUCUCCAGAGGACGCAGUCCGAGGAACCACCGAGGUCACCGUUUUUGGUCAACACUCCACCAACUUCUCUAACGCCGAUCCCUCAACCCUCUGUCGACGACCGGGUGAACGGAGAAUCGGACAACGCGAUAAACCAGGCUGAUCAGAGACUCGUUGACUCGGACAACGAGGAAAUUUUGAUCGACUUUAAACCGGCUCCGAUUUCCCCUCGUACCCGGAGCAGCCUCAGUCAAACGCCACGGCCGUGCAGGAGGAUAGUUCCGUUGCAAAAGACCCUUUCCGACGGUGAGAUUCAGGUUGAACGGCGAGAGUUGAUAGGGGAGACGAGUGAGCCAAGCUACCCUCACUCGUGCAGAAGAAAUCAUCACGAUCCUUGGAGCAAAUCAACCCGAACUCCCAUCUUGUUUUCCUCAACCCCUGACGACCUUGCACUUCUGAGGGCUACGCCACCUGGAGAAGAACACUACGAUGAGGAAUUUCACGAGAAUUUAAUCAAACGAGGGCUCUUCCGAAAGAGGAGCGUGUCUCUGGAGGAUGGAGUUCAAAAUCUAGGUACAGGGCCAACGGUCACGGGCGAGCCCAUACUACCCAGAUCACUUCCCACUUCGCCAACGACACCCACUCUGGUAUCAGGACCUCAGAGGGCGGUGCAAAGUCCCGGUAGCGUAUCAUCGAACCGACACCACCUUCAUGCGAAGCUCCCAGUCGGCAUAAUGGGGUCACCGUUUGCUUCGAGUGACUCUUUAGCGAACGACGUAACCAGAGACCACAGCGACGGUAUAUGGAACGAAUCUCAAGCCACAGUGUUGCAGGCUGACUCCUUGGCCCUUCUUACGCCUUCCUCCAGAAGAAGACACCUUCUGAUCCUCCAGCACCAACAACGAUCUUCCAUGGACACCGAGGCGCUGGACGCCGAAGAUGAAAUGGAAGUUGGCCCACCGAGUCCCAGGAUUCGUUUAGAGCCAGCCACCCCAGUCAGCCCCGUCCCAAGCAUUGACAAUUUCCCGUCGUCCGCACGGAAUGGCAGACAACGAAGCGGUCUUCGAAGACGAAGUCCGAUACCACCACCGUUGUCUCAACCGCAGUCCCAGUCAUCCAGUGAAUUCGGUCUGAGUCUGGUCAGGACGGACUCAGGUCGAACGAAUACAGACGUCUCGGAGACGUCAACGACUGAAGAUUACGUGACGGCAAAUACUUCUACGGGGACAGGUACGACGACGGGAAACUCUGGGACCACCAGUUCCCGGUCCCGGCAUCCUCAACUUCACUCCGGCGCGGUACCGUCUGCGCCAGCCUCUGCUACAGCCACUGCGGCCGAUGGGAGUUCCUUCGAGAGCGCUAGUUCCAUUUACAGUCUAGCGCGAAGUGAGGCCGUCGUCGAAGAGCCUUGCAGUCCACCGGCCAUCAUUGAAGAAUCCGAAGCUUCUCCCGGAAUCGAACCACCCCCAUCUCCGGCUAGAUCGACGUCGAGCAGUAGCUCCGGUAGCUAUGACCUCGAAGACGCCAUGCCGGAACCUCUUCAAGAUUCUUACCCAACUGCACCUCUCAGUGGUGCUGCCUCUGAAACUGAACCAGACCACGAUGAAGAGCGCCGAUCAAGUUCUGGCGGUUACGCAGAGUCACCACCGGAUACUCACCUGUGGUCGGAAGAGGAGAGACGUAGACGCCGAAAAACUUUCACCUUGGACUUUCAGCCAGGCGCUGAGGUGGAAAAUGGACGCGUCGACGGAUAUAUAGAGAAUCGGGACGUGAGCCCGACUCCAAGUCACAGGCACAGACUGAGAGGCAAACCGCUUAACACGCGAAGUCCUCAUCGGAACAAUAAGAAGAGGGAUUCGGCUCAGCAGCAGCAGAUCAUCAGAAGCCCACAGAAAGACGACUGGCGAGAACCACUCGAAGACGGGACCCACGUCCCUACGUCGGAUGAUUCGAGCUGUAGCCAUCGUUACCACCUUCAUCAUCACCAUCACCAUCACCAUAGGGAAAGCAUCGAAGGAGGUAGACACAGGAGGGUGCGUGAGAGUCCUAGAAGAAAAACGGGAGGCUAUAUUUCGUCGCGACGGAAAAGCAACGAGGACAAGAACGCGGCGUUGACCGGAAGUCUUCCCAGAAGAAGAUCCAGGCCCGUGGAGGAGAUUUCUUCAAGUCGACUGAGUCCUGGUGGACACUAUCAACGAAGUCCUGGGCACAACGGACACGCGACGAUAAUCGUGAAGUCGCCGAGUCCAGAAGCGCGUCUAAAGGCACUGUCAGCCGAGUCCCUGAGGUCAGUUAGUCCCGGAAGUGACAGCGUCUUUUACAGCGAAGGUGCAGACCACUCCUCUUGCGUUACUGCCAGUCUAGAACCUCUGGACGCACCUCAUUGUCACCAUUGUGGUCGUGAGGUCCAGGAGGAAAUCGUCCAACCGCCAGCCGGGUUCGCCGAUUCCCCCGAGGGCCACAAGGCGACUACCAAGCACUCCGGUCAUCGAUUGUAUAAAAAAUUCGACAAACGAUUCCGCUCCGAGGAUAGAAGCGAACGGAGGCAUCUCUGGAGCAACGGGAGUCGUUCCGAGGUCCGGGCAAAAUCCGAGGAAAGAAAUGCGAGGUCCAGCAGCCCCCGGGAAGAAUGCAGUCGACGGAGACUUCAGGCUCGCAGUACCGACGCCAGCAUGGAGGUUCUAACUGGUCGAGAAAAUGACGCUAGACAACUCGAGGCGUACGCAACCGGUGACUGGAUAUGCAUAGAAGAUUUUCGCGGCAGUCACGUUUGGCGAAAGCCGGAGAGCCGCGGCGACGAAGACGACGUAGGCACUGACGGGGUGCCGGGAAGGGAGCGUCGAGAUUCGCAGGGAUCAACCGAGAGCGAGAAGUGUUUUGCUCGAAAGUACCACGGCGCGAGACGAAGGAUGAUUCACGCGAAGAUCAGCGGAGAGAUGCAGAAAAGGAUCCACAUGAAGAGCCUGAAAAGCGACAAAAGAGUGAUCGUAAAAAGGGAGCCUGGGGGCGAGUUCGGGUUCCGGAUUCACGGCUCAAAGCCCGUCGUGGUAUCGGUAAUUGAGCCGGAUAUGCCGGCUGAGAGCUCCGGCCUCGAGGUGGGCGACAUCAUCAUAUCCGUAAACGGAAGAAGCGUCAUGGACGCGGUUCACUCGGAAGUCGUAAGGCUCGCGCACUCGGGAACCGACAUCCUGGAGCUCGAGGUCGUGCGGACCUGCAACAUCCUGGCGCCCCAGGUCCCGAGGAGCGGCUCGAAGGACGGGCCAGCCGAGGCGCCUCUCUGCUCCGGGUACCUGUGGAGGAGGGCGACGACUUCGACGUCUUCGACGUCGGACAAGUGGGUCAGAAGAUGGUUCGCGUUACGUCGCGACAACUGCCUUUAUUGCUACAAGACUGAUGCGGAUUCACAGCCGGUAGGAGCAGUGAUGCUCCUAAAGUACGCGGUAACGCCAACUCCCGACGUCAGACCCCACAGCUUCGUCAUAACGAAACCCGGAGCGCCAACGUUGCACUUAGGAGCCGACACCGAGGAAGCAGCCAGCCGUUGGGCGACGGUCAUAAAAGAAGCUGUCGAAAAGAACAACCAGGGCGACACCUGGUUGAACGCAUCGUUGAGGCUACAGCAAAUGCCUCCCUGCACGAUUCAGAGGCCGGACUGUUUCGGCUACCUCAGUAAGCAGCAGGGCGCUCAUACCAGGGAAUUCGGCUCGAGCUGGUCCCGCAGAUACUGCGUCCUUAAGGACGCCGUCCUCUACUUCUACGACGACGCCAACGCCGAACGCGCCUUCGGCAUCGCCUGUGUUCGUGGCUUUUCCGUUCACUGGGGUGCAUCCGGUUCCGCGGAGGGCAGGAAACACGCCUUCGAAUUACAGCCGCCAGAUUCUUCCCAAAAGAGUCACAUUUUCGCGACAGAAUCGGAAAUGGAUAAGAAGAGGUGGAUAGCAGCGCUCGAAUACUCGAUUGACCGGUGGAUAAAGAUAGGUUGACGAGACAACUAGUCUAGCCUGGCUCGGCUUGUUCCUCCGCAGCGAGCCGACCCGAUGUAACAAAAUAUCUUUGUCCCUGCAGUGACGAAUUUACCCAGCACGAAACUUCAUCAACGAUCGUCAAAUGCGACUAUGAUUUUUUUCUUUCUUUCUUUUUACUUCCACUUCGUUCUCUUGUCGUGUUUUUGACGUUAUUAUUUUACUUAUGCAUCGAUUUUUAUUUAAAAAUGAAUUAUUCGUCAUUAUUAUUAUGAUUAUCAUUAUCGUUAACAUCAUCCGAGAUUUUUCUCACAAUGA